AUCCGUCAAACGUCUCGAGACGGGUCUCGCGCAUUCAAACUACGUGUGACUCAAAUCGUUAGAUGGAGCAAAAAAGAAAAACAAAUGCGUAAAGCACGGUUGAACAAGAAUCGGGCUCCUGGCUGUCAACAAUUUAGUGAACGAUAAUUUGUGAGAUAUUUUACACACCGGGUCCCGUAGUGCGUGCAGUGUUUCGUGUAACGAUUCCCGUUACACCGCAACGCGUCAACGGUUGGUGAGCCAGAAGUAAUCCUCGACCCCCAGCAGUAGCGGCAUCCGUCGUCUACGAAAUCUUCCAAGCUGGCGCAAUCGGUCAUACAGUGGAACCAACAACAGUCCGUCAUUCAAUCUGCAACCGGAAACGUACCAACAGCCAACAGCGCACCGUUAGCGUGUAGCGAAGCACAGUCCGUCCACCACACGGCGAUGGACAACCUGCAAACCAUACACGUCAAACAGGAACGCCACAUCGGAACAGGAACCGGGAGCAUUCUGAGCAACACCAACAGCGAUGACUCACUGACGGACGAUGAACCUUCGCUCAAGAAACGGAGAGACCUACUUACCAGGCGGCCAUCCUACCGCAAGAUACUGAGCGAUCUCGGUGGUCCGGAAAUCGCCCACACCUCAAGUCACGUUACCGGCCUUCCCAUCAUGGCGACACCGGGCGACGGUGGGGAGGGCAGCAGCGUGCAGCUGGAGGAGCAGUCCCGCAAGCGCGAGAUACGGUUGCAGAAAAACCGAGAAGCUGCCCGCGAUUGCCGACGUAAGAAAAAGGAAUACAUCAAGUGCCUAGAAAACCGGGUGGCCGUCCUGGAAAACCAGAACAAGGCGCUCAUCGAGGAGCUUAAAUCGUUGAAGGAACUCUACCGCCAGCAAAGGAGCGAUUGAGCGAGCCAAGCGCCUGGGUAUGCUGUAGAGAUCAGUACCAUUAUAUUGUACAAAACCGACACCUCCUAGUUCGGGCAUCGAUGACGACGAAAUACGAAACUCAGCUGUCAACCAUUACCACCCCGUCCUCGAGGAGAACCGCAUCAUGCUAUAUAUACACACAUAUAUACGUCUGAAAAUGAGUGUGCAAAACUGUAAAGUGUCGCAACGUUCUUGUAAUGAUUGUGAAAGCCCAAUUUCUAAACUUUCUCUACCUUUGAGGCGGACUAAUCUUCAGAAGCUGGAAAUCCGCUCUAAAUCAACGAUGUGCGAUCAUAGCAAAUUUAUUUUAUUUGCAAAGUAAAUAAAAUGUAAUCAAA